AUGAAAGGUUGUGGAAAAACAGCUACAGUAUUUGAUGCUGGACAACACAACUUUAUUACUUAUAUUGUUACUCCUCAUCAAAAUAGUCAACCAUUGUAUAGUCAAGACUUUCAUCAGCUCCUUAAUGAUAUCAAUGCAAUUCUCCCACAAGGUACUUCCCAACUUAGCUUCAACACUGAACAUGAUGUAAUUACCUACAUAUUAGAACAACAAGGAUGUGAAAAUUCAAUUAAAGAAAUUACAAAUUAUGAUGAUGUUAAUCUUUUGGACACAUAUUAUUGUAAAUUGGCAGCUCAUUUUGAAAAAACACCACAAAAACAAGAGUUUGAAUGUCAUUCAACACUUGAGCAAAAAGAUCUUAGAAAGAUAGAUUUGAUGGUUGCCAAAUAUUCCGAGGAUGUUAGAAUUGAAAAGAUAACAAUAUUUAGAUCAUUUACAGCUGAUGACAUUUUAAAACCCUUGGAAACAUGUCUUAAUCAAAACAGUUUGA